CGGAGACUCGGGGGGGGGAGUUUCCGACUCGGCGUUCGCAGGGAGCUACUUCCGCUUCCGGCCACUUGGCGUGUGAGGCGCUGCCGGGAGGAUGGACGGGCUGGUGGCUCAGUGCUCGGCGCGGCUGCUGCAGCAGGAAAACGAGAUCAAGGCCCUGACUGCUGAGAUCGACCGGUUGAAGAACUGCGGGUAUUUAGAAGCCUCUCCAAACUUGGAGAAGUUACGAGAGGAAAAUUUAAAAUUAAAGUAUCGGCUGAAUAUUCUUCGGAAGAGUCUUCAAGCAGAAAGGAAGAGACCCACUACAAACAUGAUCAACAUCAACAGCCGCCUGCAGGAGGUCUUCGGCUGUGCCAUUAAGGCUGCGUAUCCAGACCUGGACAAUCCUCCUCUCAUAGUGACGCCAAGUCAGCAGCCCAGAUUUGGGGACUAUCAAUGUAACAGUGCCAUGGGUAUUUCUCAGAUGCUCAAAACGAAGGAACAGAAAGUGAAUCCAAGAGAAAUUGCUGAGAACAUUACCAAACACCUGCCGAACAAUGACUACAUUGAAAAAGUUGAAAUUGCUGGUCCUGGUUUUAUUAAUAUUCACUUGAGAAAGGAUUUUGUUUCGGAACAGUUGACCAGUCUCCUAGUCAAUGGGGUGCAACUACCUGCCCUUGGGGAAAAUAAAAAGGUCAUAGUUGACUUCUCCUCUCCUAACAUAGCUAAAGAGAUGCAUGUGGGCCACCUUAGGUCAACGAUCAUAGGAGAGAGUAUGUCUCGCCUCUUUGAAUUUGCAGGAUAUGAUGUGCUAAGGAUAAACCACGUGGGAGACUGGGGCACUCAGUUUGGCAUGCUCAUCGCUCACUUGCAAGAUAAAUUCCCAGAUUAUCUGACAGUUUCACCUCCUAUUGGGGAUCUACAGGCCUUUUAUAAGGAAUCUAAGAAGAGAUUUGAUACUGAGGAGGAAUUUAAGAAGCGAGCAUACCAGUGUGUGGUUCUGCUUCAGAGUAAAACCCCCGAUAUUAUCCAAGCAUGGAAGCUUAUCUGUGAUGUCUCCCGCCAAGAGUUCAAUAAAAUCUAUGAUGCACUGGACAUCACUUUAAUAGAGAGAGGAGAAUCCUUCUAUCAAGACAGAAUGCAUGAUGUUGUAAAGGAAUUUGAAGAUAAAGGAUUCGUGCAAGUGGAUGAUGGCAGAAAGAUUGUGUUUGUCCCAGGGUGUUCUGUACCAUUAACCAUAGUGAAAUCAGAUGGAGGCUAUACUUAUGAUACAUCUGACCUUGCUGCUAUCAAACAAAGGUUAUUUGAAGAAAAAGCAGAUAUGAUUAUCUAUGUGGUGGACAAUGGACAAGCUGUGCACUUCCAGACAAUAUUUGCUGCUGCUCAGAUGAUUGGUUGGUAUGACCCUGAAGUAACUCGAGUGUUCCAUGCUGGCUUUGGUGUGGUGCUGGGGGAAGACAAGAAGAAGUUUAAAACUCGUUCAGGUGAAACGGUGCGCCUCAUGGACCUCAUGGAAGAAGGGCUAAAGCGUUCGAUGGACAAGUUGAAAGAAAAGGAGAGAGACAAGGUCUUAACUGCCGAGGAGUUGGAAGCUGCUCAGACCUCUGUGGCUUAUGGCUGUAUCAAAUAUGCUGACCUGUCCCAUAACCGGCUGAAUGACUACAUCUUCUCCUUUGACAAAAUGCUGGACGACAGGGGAAACACAGCGGCUUACUUGCUGUAUGCCUUCACUAGAAUCAGAUCGAUUGCACGUCUGGCGAAUAUUGAUGAAGAGAUGCUCCAAAAAGCUGCUCGGGAAACCAAGAUCAUCCUAGACCAUGAAAAGGAGUGGAAGCUAGGCCGGUGCAUUUUACGCUUCCCUGAGAUUUUGCAAAAGAUUUUAGACGACUUAUUUCUGCACACUCUGUGCGACUAUGUCUAUGAGCUGGCAGCUACCUUCACAGAGUUCUAUGACAGCUGCUACUGUGUGGAGAAAGAUCGACAGACUGGGAAAAUAUUGAAAGUGAACAUGUGGCGUAUGCUGCUGUGUGAGGCAGUUGCUGUUGUCAUGGCCAAGGGCUUUGAUAUCCUGGGAAUAAAACCUGUUCAGAGGAUGUAACCCAACUUGGGUUUGAAAGAGUGUAUUUUUACCAAAGUAGCCAUUGGCUCUGUUUGCCUUUUUUAACAAUUAUGUGGACUCAAAAACAGUAAAGCAAAUUUCUCAACUA